AAUUUUGUGCCCUUUGCUUAUAGCUGUAGCUAGCUUGCUUUUACAUUCCACCUAUAAUUUGCUCUCUUCUUCUUAGUUUGUCCAUUAGUUGUUAAUUUCUUUUCAGAAAUGGCCCAAGAUGGUGCUUUAGGAACCUCCAUGCAUGGAGUUACAGGCAGGGAGCAAACGUUUGCUUUCUCAGUUCAAUCAACUGAAAAUGAUACAACACAUAAAUUUGAAUUACCAGUUGAUUCAGAACAUAGAGCCAAAGUCUUCAAACCAUUUUCUUUAGCAAAUCCUCAUAUGAGAGCGUUUCAUUUAGCUUGGACAUCUUUCUUUACUAGUUUUAUCUCAACUUUUGCAGCUGCACCACUUGUUCCCAUUAUCAGGGACAAUCUUAAUUUAACAAAAUCAGAUGUUGGUAAUGCUGGUGUUGCUUCUGUUUCUGGAAGUAUAUUAUCUAGGCUUGUAAUGGGUGCAGUUUGUGACCUUAUUGGACCAAGAUAUGGCACUGCAUUUCUUUUAAUGUUAUCUGCACCUACGGUUUUUUGUAUGUCAUUUGUGUCUGAUGCACAAGGGUAUCUAAUCGUUCGGUUUAUGAUUGGAUUUUGCCUUGCUACGUUUGUUUCUUGCCAAUAUUGGACAACUAUGAUGUUUAAUGGCAAGAUUAUAGGUCUUGUUAAUGGAUGUGCUGGAGGGUGGGGUGAUAUGGGUGGUGGAGUUACUCAACUCUUGAUGCCUUUAGUUUUUCACAUUAUUAAAUUAGCUGGUGCAACCCCAUUUACUGCUUGGAGGAUUGCUUUCUUUGUUCCUGGUUGUUUCCAUGUUAUUAUAGGAAUCUUAGUUUUAACUCUUGGCCAAGAUUUGCCCGAUGGAAACCUUAGCACUUUGCAGAAGAAAGGUGAUGUUGCCAAAGACAAAUUCUCUAAGGUCCUGAAGUAUGCAAUCACAAACUACAGAACAUGGAUUUUUUUCCUGCUUUAUGGAUUUUCCAUGGGUAUCCAAUUGACCACCAACAACAUUAUCACUGAAUAUUUCUACGACAGGUUCAACCUGAAGCUCCACACAGCAGGAGUUAUAGCAGCAAGCUUUGGCAUGACCAACAUCUUUGCUAGACCAUUCGGUGGCUAUGCCUCUGAUUUAACAGCUAGACGUUUUGGCAUGAGAGGCAGGCUAUGGACCCUUUGGAUCCUCCAGACAUUAGGAGCUGUCUUCUGUAUAUGGCUAGGCCGUGCAAAUUCACUUCCCAUUGCAAUUCUUGCGAUGAUUUUAUCUUCAAUGGGUAUUCAAGCUGCCUGUGGAGCAACUUAUGGAAUCGUUCCUUUCGUUUCGCGGCGAUCUCUAGGCAUAUUAUCUGGCCUGACAGGUGCAGGAGGCAAUUUUGGUUCUGGCUUGAAUCAGUUAGUGUUCUUUUCUAGCUCGAGAUUCUCUACAGCAACAGGGUUAUCUCUGAUGGGCAUAUUGGCAUUAGUUUGUACUCUUUCUGUGGCAUUGAUUCAUUUUCCGCAGUGGGGAAGUAUGUUUCUUCCGCCUUCGAAAGACCCUGCGAAAUGCUCGGAGGAGUACUACUACACGGCGGAGUGGACGGAGGAGGAGAUGCAGAAGGGAAUGCAUGAGGGAAGCGUGAAGUUUGCUGAGAAUAGCCGGUCGGAGAGAGGCAGACGGAAUGCUCUUGCUUCGGCAGCAACCCCUCCAAAUGCUACACCACUCAAUAAUGUUUAGUACAUUGCCAUGUUUCUUGGGUGAAAAAUCCAAAUUUUACGGAAUAAAUUGUCAUUAUAAUAUUAGAA